UGAUCUGUCAAAUAGUUAGAAGUGAAUUUCUCACCGAGCUUAGGUGAAUUUUAGAAAGUUGCAUAAAGUUAGGUACGUGUGGAUAGUUUUCGUAUAAUUUAAUUCUUAUCAGUCAAUAUUAUCAAAGAUUAUACAAAUCAUAAAUGGUUUUACGGUAUUUGAAUUAACUGACACUGCUGCUACAAUUGUUCCAUAAACUGAGUGUAAGUUUAAAUAUUCGCUUUUGCGAGGCAAUGGAUUUGUGGAUUCUCGGUACUUUAGCAACAUCAUUUACUUUGUAUUAUGCCACAUCAUAAGAGUCAACUAGCGGUGCUGAUCAAGGGAAGGGGGCAUGCCGGCUUUAGUGAAUAUGAAGUGCUGAAAAUUUUUUGUGAUGUAUGUGAAUCGCUGGCUCAGUUACACUGCUGCCAGGCUCCUAUCAUUUACCGAGAUCUAAAGGUUGAAAAUAUAGUUCAAAAUGAUAUGGGACGCUUUAUUUUGGCCGAUUCAGAUACAGCUACUACACGGUUUUUGAAUCCUGCUGCACACGGCAAAAAAUUAGUAGAGGAUGAAGUUCAAAAACACACUACUGCAGCCUACCGUGCUCCGGAAAUGUUAGAUUUGAAUUCAGGCCACAGCAUUACUACAAAAGUUGACAUAUGGGCACUGGGAUGUUUACUUUUUAGACUUUGUUUCGGAGCAAUGCCGUUCGGCGAAAGUUCAAAGGCAAUUUUGCACUGUCAGUACAACAUCCCGGAGAAAAACAAAUAUUCCCCUGAGCUUUGUCAAUUAAUACGUUUAUUAUUAGAGCCGGAUCCAGAAAACCGUCCCAGUAUAUACCAGGUUUGUGAACUAGCAUUCCGUAUCGCUGGAAAAGAUAAUCCGUUAAAGGUCGAUCGAUCGAAAGCUCAGCCUGCCAAAAGCAGUAAUUCAGAACAAGCUGCAGAACGUAAAACACAGUACACAACAAUUACAGCCACCACCAGCGGAACGAGUGUCGUACCUAGAUCACGUCCAAAAGCACAACAAACCAAUACCGGAUCAGGUUUUCAACUCGGUCCGCCACCUUUGAAUCCUUCGCCGAAGAACGUUUCACCAACACUGGGUUCCGAGGUGAUCUGUCCCGAAAAAAACGUCUUCGUUGCGAACUUCAGUGACAAUUUUCCUUUAACCAAGCUGAAUGAGAAAAGCCCCGCUACCAAAGAGCAGCUGCAAUUAGAAAUCAGUGGUGGUGAUAAGCAUCGUAGCUCUACUGGAUCGGGAUACCGGUUUUUUCAAUCGGACUCAAAUAACCUGUUUGUUCCUGCUUUGGAGGCUUCAACUGUGAAAGACAUUUCCAAUGCCGUUUCACCAGCAUCACUGUUGUCUCCAUUUGAACAGGAACCACCGUCAUCCUCGUCCUCGUCGGCGCGACUCCGACCAACCACCCUAUUUCCAACAGGUGCAACUCCAGGCGCUUCACAACGACAUCAGCAGGCUUUGAGUAACUCUAACAGUGAAAAAUCUCUAGUUUCGCCAAUCUCCAGCUCAACCUGGAAUCCUUUCGGCGAUCCUUCAUCUUUUAGUCCAAGUUCUACAUUAACUGAGGAUCAACUGUUUGGUGCGGAAUUUGAUAAACUGCGUUUGGAUGGUAGUAACCAGACAUCCAUUGUAACUUCUCCAGAAGAAAUUAAAUCAGAACAAGGAGUUGCAGCGGUUCCCACAGGUUGGCUUUUGCAUCCGCAGCAUCAACGUUUCUCGUUACCGAUUAUAUCGCAGACAGGAUUUGCAGGUACGUUAACUAUUCCUACUCAUGACGUUGUUCCUGAAGAGGAUCCAUUUGGAUCGGCGCCUUUCACGUUGCCAAAAAGAUUGAAAGACAAAACAGGUCGUUCAUCCAGAUUGACUUCGAAACUGGGUGGAGUCAUCUCCAACGCUGCAGUCGGUAGUGGUAACUUAUGGCAUCGUCAUUCUACCGGGGGUAGUGGCCCUGUGGGAAAUAAUUCAGUUCUUGGAAAAGAAAGUUUAAUUCCUGCAACUUCAGCUGUUGGUGGUGGCGCUGGUCGGUCUGAGGAGAACGGAGAUGGUACCAUGGAAAACUGUAUGGAUUUAAGUGGGUCGGCAGCGGUUGAUAAGUCGUCUUUGCUGGGAAUUAAAUUGGAUGACUUAAUAAGUGGUGGUGAAAAGGGAUCACCAAGUUUUAUUAAGUUACCAAUAGACGAUAGAAAUAAAUAUGAAAAGCUCAAUUCAAACGAUAUUACGUCCGAUGAUAGUGAUUCGGAGUUUUACCCUGACACUGGAGUUGGAAUUGGUGGUGGUGCAAAAAAACAAAGCUUUAAGCAGUUUGUAGAAAGCAACAUACCAGAAAAACUUCAGGCAGUUUACCAUAAGGUCGAUAAAGGACAAAUUAAAAACGUACAGUUAGUCAAGAAGUUACGAGGUAAAGUAGUCCUUCGAGAUGACCCGAAAAAAAGCAAAGGUAAAGAAAGAGCUGUAAAAACUUCGGUAGGGGAGAAACAAAAGGACGGAGAGUCUGAUGAUUCCAUAGGAUCUGCCAGUGAUUUAAGAGCUAAUGAUGAUUUUGUCGAAGAACAUAACGACGUUGGAAAAGUGGCUAACAGUAAAUCAACAAGGCAAUUCAACCGAACGGCCUGUGAUGACGGUAGUGUUGAUGAUUGUAUUAGUGAGAGCAUUAAAACAUGCGGUUCAAGUGCCUAUCACGCUGAAUGUGAAAGUGUGACCACUAACGAAGAUAACACCAGUAGAAUUGUAAUGAGGAUAAAAAUCAAAAAACGAGAACAUGAUUCUAAGCAUAGUGUUAUUGAUGAAGAUAAUUCAGGAGAGGAAGAUAUGGUUCAAGGUGACAAACCAUUGUUGUUAGAUGAUGAACUAGAUUACGAAUCUGCUCCGGAAAACAAAUCCAGUGGGGACGAACCACUGAUGGACCCAUUUACACCCGAAUCUCUUACAGACGUUACCGAAAAGCAGCACUUUGAUGACGAUGACAUCGAGCUGGAUCCUUUCGCAUUAGCGCCGUUUCGAAAACCAACAGUACCGAAACGAUCCAGUAUUAAAUAUAUGCCGCAGGUACAUCCCAUCCCGGAAAAUUAUCCGCCAGCACCUGUAUUGGUUGCCCCUUCCCCGGAAGUUGCAUCAGCAACGGAUUUUUUCACAUCAACACCCAUCAAACCUGCACAAAAACGAUCUCAACCAGAAGUAGACAUGUUUGCUACAUCGCCCGCUCCCUCUACGCACACUGUUAUAGUACCGGAAUCGGGCAAUCAGCGUGGAGAAACAUCUAAUUCUCGCAUCGACCUUUUUGGUUUAGAACCAUUUCCCCCACUUAUCAUCUCUCAACCUGUCGCUAUUUCAAAGCCAGUCUGUAUCCCAACGGUGACGGUAGAGCCAGGCUCGGUUACACUAACUCACAUCAUUCCAAGUGCUAGGUCAAGUAUGCCGAUUGCACAACAGGAAGCACCGUUGCCUGCUACUGCAGCUACUCAACAACACCAACAAAGUUCCCAAAUGACUGCACGUCAUAGCUAUAUCAAUUAUAACCAAAUAACGCAAAGCGCGACCAGUUUUGUGGCACCAAGCGAAAACUAUGUAAAUUUCGAUCCAAAUGACGUUGACGAUGACGAUGGUCGGAAAUUAAAAUCGGACGAUUAUGACGAUAGCAGUGAUUCUGUCAUAAUAAUGAGUUCCUCUAAAACGAGUGGGGGUGGUAGUAGCAGCUUUCUAGGAAAAAAGGAAAAAGUUAAAUACAACUGCUUAAGGGAUACAGCCUCAGCUACCACCUGCGGAACAGCUAAGCAUGAUCCUUCACAUACCACAAUGGGACCUGCAGCGAGUUCUAACAGUGGAAAUUCAGUGUUAGUUAUCCCAGUCAAACUAAGCCAAAAAGUUAAGGUGAAUGUUGUUGGCGGUUAUCGUAAGGUUUCAAACAAAAGUAGCAAAAAGGAUAAAUCAAGUAGCGGAAAUAACGGAGUGGACAUAUACGAUUCGCCACCGAUUGGUAAACCGCAGUCAUCGAAGGCUAGCAAAAAAAUGGGAUUCAGUAACAUGAGCUUUGAAGACUUCCCAUCAGACGAACUGGGAGAGGAUGAAUCGUUGUCUACUGGCGGAGCUACAAGUCGGCAAGCUGGCAGUGGAAAUGUUGGAAGUAAAUUAAUGAAAAUUGCCCCUUUCGAAGUGAUUCGCAAUGAGAAAAUGCUGUUGGAGGCAGAAAAAAAGUUCGGUUCGUUGAAGCGCCGCAGUAACCCGUUUUCAUGAUUAUACGCUGAAUCUCAGACAAAAAAAUAAUAUGGAACAGGGCACAGCUAGGUGCAAAUAUGACAUUUCUACUGAAAUUAUGUGGAAUGAAAUUGAUUUGUGCUGUCGGAAAGAAUUUGAUUUUCUAGAACCUAUCUCCCAAACAAAUGUCGCUUCUGUAGUUUGUUAAUGAAAUGAUAGCAAUUUUCAGAACUUUGAACAUCAACUUUGAUUUUACCCGGAUGUUUGCUAUAUUUAACACUUCAUAAUAUUGCUAAUAAGGUUAAGCGACAAAGUUUGAACCCACUUGUAAUCCCGUAAUGUUGGGGAAACAAAGCCCCGGUAGGCCGAUAGGAUUACAGUAAUGAUGUUUAUUGCCUCAAGGUUAUAUCCUGAGGGUCCUGCGUAUCCUAAAAACAUAGAACUUCACCUGCUGUUAUUGGAAAACAAGAUGUUUUAUACCAAAAACAGAGUCGUGCUUGAGACACAUGUACGCAGGACCACGUAAAACCAAUUUUUUAUUUAGAAAGGCGAAUUAUUGAUAAAGGAUUCUGAAAAUCUGGAUUCAACAGCUGGCUUAUAUUCUCAGGUUUAUAUGAUAUCCCCUCGUGAUGAACGGCACUGUUGAAAGGUGUUCAAAUUUAAGUGUGAAUAAUGAUUUAUAUUUCUUGGAGAAGCUGAGAAGCAUUUACUGCGAAACCCAACUCCCAACUUCGAUUGCUCAGAUAGCAAUCUUUGAUGUGCUGCUCUAAAUUAGAGUAAUGCAAAUAAUAUUUCACGGAGCCAAUUGUUUUCUGAAUUUCGUUCGUGUCUUGCAGUUUUUCAAAAGUUGUAGGUACCCGUGAUUUUUUUUCAGGGAUGUCAUCAUAUAGUAUUGUGUGUAUAUCGUAGUCGUGGUUCAAAUAG